CAGCCUGCACUUUCAGUGUUACUUUCUUUAAGACAGGAAGUUCAAAGGGAAGGUCUGCCCCUUGUUCUCUGUACAAUGCUGCCUCCUCCGUUUCUUUUUCAUAGCACCGUCUACCUCUCAAAGCAGCUGCGUUGAGGCUGACAGAUCAGAUCCGCUGAAGCUGGAGCCAGUUCUCAAUGCUCAAGUUCUUCCCAACGCUGAGGAAGCCGCCGCCCUGUGACAAAUCCCUAGAGGGUGUUGUUUGGCAAGAAAUGACCUAUCAGUCACUUUUGGAAUCUUCAUGGGAAGUGAUGGACGGGACCAGAUAUGGGGGAGAAUCCGAACUCAGGAUCAUCCUCGUCGGUAAGACGGGAGGCGGGAAGAGUGCCGCAGGGAACACCAUCCUUGGCCGGAAGGAGUUUGAGUCCGUACUGGAGGCAAAGACAACAACCCUUAGGUGCCAGAAAGGUCAGGGCAGCUGGAACGGCCGGGAGGUUUCCGUGAUUGACACGCCAGACAUUUUUGCUUUCGGAGCCUCCAAUGAGAUAUUGUGCCGUGAGAUCAGGCACUGCAUCGACCUCUCCAGGCCCGGCCCUCAUGCGCUGGUGUUCGUGACCCAGGUGGGCCGCUUCACUGCGGAAGACGAGGCGGCGGCGAAGCACGUCCAGGAUGUGUUUGGAACGGAGGCCCCCAAGCACAUGAUCGUCUUGUUCACCCGCAAAGAAGAUUUGGCCGGGGAACCCUUGCAGGAUUUCGUGAAGUGGUCGAAUAAUAAAGCUCUCCUAGAACUGGGUCAGAAAUGUGGGAAUCGCUUCUGUGCUUUCAACAACAGGGCAGCUGGAGCAGAACGGGACGGGCAGGUUGCUGAGCUGAUGGAAGUGGUCCAGAAAAUGCUUCAGGAGAAUAGAGGAAGCCAUUACGUCAAUGAGCUAUACUUGGAGACUAACUUAAGGAAUGACAAAAUCAUGUCUUACGUGGCAGAGAACAGAAGAAAGGCAAAGGCCGCCUGGGUUUGGAAUAACAGAUGGCUACUUGCCGGGACUCUUCUCGUUCUUGUGAUUGUGGCUAUUCUGAUUUACUUUUCUUCAUAGGGUUUUAUGAAGCAUUUUAACAGUCUCUCAACUUAAUUUUAACUUUGCUGUUUGAAAUUUGUAUUUUAAAUCUGUAUUAAUUUCUGCAUUGCUGCUUGAUUUUAUUCUGGCUGUGUUUAUAUAUUGCAUUUCAUGUUAUGCUUUUAAACUGUUUGUUUUAUAUUUUGAAUGGUUUUGGGUUUUAUGAACCACCCAGAGAACUUUGGCUAUUGGGUGGUAUAAAAAUGCAAUAAAUAAAUAAAAAUAAUAAAAUAAAAUAAAUAAAGACUGAUUACGGGGCACAUCAGAUAAGGUAUCAGCCUCAGCUUCCAAUU